AUGUCUCCCACAGACGACGGCCAUCUCCGCAAGCGUCCCAACGCAGACAAGCACUCCACCUCCCCUUCACCUGCCGCCUGUCCCCCCGCCGCCGUUCCCCGUUCCACCUCUCGCUCCGUCUCGACCGCGCUCUUCGGCUUCAUCUCCCUCGCCAUCUCCACCUACCUCCUCUCCACCAAACUCUUCUUCUCUCACCAAGCACUCCACGCCUCAUACGCCCUCUGCGCUCCCGAUGGUGCACACAUACACACCGUCGAUCCUUCGAAUCCUCGUGUCCAGUGCCUUGUCGUCCACGACUCCCACUUCAUCUUCACCGGAUCACUCGAUCACGUACGAUCCCGCUGGGCUGCCUCCUUCCCCGGUCGCCUUCAAGUCCGCUUCAUCAAGCCCGGCCAGAUUGUGGUCCCCGGUCUGAGCGACUCUCACGUGCAUGUGCUUGAAUACGGCGCGACGCAGGUCAUGCCGUUAGAGGGGACGAGAGACAUCCACGAGACCGUUGAGCGCAUUGAGGCCUACGUACUUGCAGAUCCCGAUAUUCUCGCGGACACCUCCAAGCCCAUCGAGGGAUGGGGCUGGGACCACACAAAGUGGUCGCCCGAGCACUGGCCUACCUACCACGCGUUCGAAGCUAGCGAUGUUCUUUCUGGGCGCCCGAUAAUCUUGCAGAGCAAAGACGGUCACGCGCUCUGGGUCUCAAAGACAGUCAUUGAUUCUAUGGGUGACAUUCCGGAAGAGAUCGAAGGCGGCAUGAUCAUGCACGAUGCCGAUGGUCAACCCACAGGUGUAUUCUUGGACAAGGCGCAGGAUCUCGUCCCUCGCGUAAAGCCGACAUUUAAAGAGCUUCACAAGCGCUUCAUUUCGACCGUCAAAGACGCCCACGCCGUCGGGCUCACCUCCGUUCAUGAUGCCGGUUUCGAUCCCUUAUCCCUGCAAUUCUUCAAGCGGGAGGCCGAGGCUGGCCCUCUACCAAUCCGCAUAUACGGCAUGAAGCACUUCGACGAAACCUCCGACUAUUGGGGCGACGCGUUUGAGAAGAUCAUUCUCCAGAAUCGUCUGAGUGUCCGCAGCGUCAAGGUGUUCGCAGACGGCGCCCUCCGCUCAGGUGGAGCAGCGCUCUACGAGCCGUACACCGACAAUCCGGAAACGCGCGGGUCCAUGCGCAUCGCGCCCGAGACGCUUAACGACGUCGUUCCGCGGUUCAUGAAGGACGGCUGGCAAGUGAACGUGCACGCGAUCGGAGAUCGGGCCAACGGCAUCGUUCUCGACGCCUUCGAGGCUGCGCUUACAGGCGCGAACGUCUCCGCACUGCGCCCACGGCUCGAACACGCGCAGAUCCUCGCCGAGAAGGACAUGGCGCGCUUUGGCGACCUGGGAGUCAUCGCAAGCGUGCAACCUACCCAUGCCAUCAGUGACAUGUGGUUCGGAGAAACGCGCCUAGGCCCCGAGCGCGUCAAAGGACUCUACGCCUUCCGUAGCAUCAUCGACCACGGCGCCCGCAUAACGCUCGGCUCCGACUUCCCCGUCGAGGACAUGAACCCGCUCACCGGCUUCUACGCCGCCAUUACCCGUGUCUCGUUCGAAGGCACCUCCCCGCACGGCCCUGGAGGAUGGUUCCCGGAACAGCGAAUGACGCGCGCCGAAGCGCUCAAAGGGAUGACGCUCGACCCGGCGUACGCCUCCUUCACUGAGCACCUCCUCGGCUCGAUUGCGCCCGGCAAGCUCGCCGACUUCGUCGUCUUCGACCGGGACGUCAUGACCGUCCCGCCCCCGCAGAUCCUCGACGCGCGCGCGGUCGCGACCGUCAUCGACGGCCGGCCCGUAUUUGGCGCGAUCUGA